CUGAAGAGCUUUCAUCGGAUUUGCCUUAUUGACUCCUUGUAUAGCUUUUUAUGCGAAAUCGCAAAAUCUAGUUAAUCAAAAUUGAUGGUAGCUAAGUGUUUCGGUGAUUGCUUAAAACAUAACUUAGUUUUUAAUAUUAUUAUAAAUUAUAGCUAUCAAUUAUAACAAUGGAGUACUGGAGUUGAAUGUAGAUAUUAUUAAGAGAAUUUAAUAUCUAGAAUUAAUGUGAAAUCAAACGAAUUAGACUUCAUAUUUUGUUGAUCAACCGUUAAUAACCGAUAGCAAUUAAUAACAAUCAAUAAACCGUAACGUCAUUAUUGCAUUCAAAUGAGAAAAUCAUUUUUUUUAAACUACAGAAAAAAUACUUUAUAAAUUUUUGUUGCAAAACUCCUAAGUUGUUGGCAAAAUUGUUGACCAUUUUAAUAUAAAAAAAAUGAAAACUGCAGUUGGAAAUUUUAAAGCAAUUUUUAUUCUUUCGUCAAGUUUAGUUUUAGAAAAUACUACUCUAAAUUCAAGCCUAUCAACAGAAAAAGGAGACAAAAUUCACGACGUAAUUAUAAUUUUUUUAACUUGCUUAGUAAGCGCUGUUGCAACCUCAGGAAACCUGUUUAUAAUCUAUCUUUACUAUAGCAACAAAAAACUUCAAACCAUUAAUAACAUUCCUUUAAUUUCCCUUGCAGUGGCUGACCUAAUUAUUGGACUUUACCCAAUAAACACAAAUACACUAGAGACUAUUAUAGGGUAUUGGCCCUUUAUUAAUUUGUUAUGCGAGCUAACGCUAGUCACAGAUUACUCAUGUUGCCAAGCAUCAAUUUAUCAUGUUAUUAUAAUCAGUGUUGAUCGUUAUUAUUCGAUAAAACAACCUUUAUUAUACAGAGGAAAUAAGAGAAAAUCGGUUGUGAAAAUUUGUUUAUUAUUUCUUUGGUCUAUAUCCUUUAUGUUGUGGGCACCAAUCAUAACAUUGUACAAAUAUGUAUUAGGAAGAUCUAUUAAAACACUAUGUUAUAAAGAUUUUUUAACGUUUGAUAACAUGAAAGUUUAUAACUUUGAAACAUAUUUUUUAAUUGCAUCAAUAGGAGUAGGAUAUUUUGUUGUCAUUCCGGUGGUAAUCUUGAUAUAUUGGAAAAUAUACUUUUUGAUAAAAGCUCGUUGCAGUGUUAUGCAACAUCGCAAUCAUCAAAUUUCAGUAAUUUACAGUUUGAGAAAAAAAAGUUCAAUAGAAUUUAAAGAUCAGACUAAAAAUCAGAAGAACACAACAAAAAACUUUCCUUCAAACAAGUUUUUACAACAAAGAGAACUUUUAAGAGAUAAAAAAGCUUUAAAAAUGAUAGCUGGUAUAUUAAUGGUUUUUGUUGUAACAUGGUUUCCAUACAAUUUGCAAAUGGUAUUGUUACCAUUUUGUCCUAAUUGUUACAACAGCUAUGCAUUUGACAUAAGUGACAUUCUUUCAUAUUCUAACUCGGCUGUCAAUCCCUUUUUGUAUGCAUUUGUGAACCCAGAUUUUCGUUCGUCAAUGAACAAAAUGAUUAAAAAAGUAAGCGGACUUGUAAACUUUCAAAAAGUUUUUGUCAAAGUCAAAAGUCCAACCCAACCUUAUAUUACCGGAGAAAGCACAUCAGAUAAACUACCAAAAAAGAAAUCUAAACCACUUACAGGAUACUUUUCGAUUUUUGAGAAGGAAGAUAAAACACUUCACGCUACACUUGCUCGUCUAACGGCGUCUAACGGACUUUUAUUUAAUGUGAUUUGUUCCUCAAUCGAUUUACGUGCUGCUCUAACUGCUAUGGGAUUCAGAAAAUCUACCAACGUCAGUAAACAAAUUUGUAAUCAUGUAGUAGAGUACCGCAAAAAAGUAAGAUUACGUUUAGUUCAGCAAAUUAAAGCACUUAAGAGUACAGAAUUCGGGCCAGAAUUUGAAAAUGAAUUUUUUGACAGUGAUUCAUCCGAGAAUGAGGAUAUUGAGGAAGAUUUACUGGGCUACAAUGAUGAAACUUUAAGAUCUAAAAUUGAACUAAAUGAAGUUUAUUAUGGAUCAGUCAUUAAAAAAUAUAAAAUUUUAUACAAAAAUGAUUUGACAAUAUUAUCAGACAUUAUUACAACUUUAGUUCCUAUUAAAGCAACGGUUGAAGCACUUUGUCGUCAAGAUUCUAACCUAUUUACAGCUGACAUUGCUAUUAACUUUAUGCUUACAAAGUUAAAAGGUGCUGACAAUGACACAAGCAAGGAAAUGCGUACAGCUUUAAUGGCUCGUAUACAUGAACGCCGAACUGAUAUGAAUGGACUUCUGCAAUACCUGCAUAAAGGUCGAAGCUCCGUUGAAGUCGAUGAAGAAAUAAUUACAGUGCCUUCUUCAUAUAAAUGUCAAAAACUGAUGGUAGAAUUGCUGGAAAGAUUAAACGCUUCCAACCCUGCUUUAGUAAGAGCAUCAGUUGAGUCUGACAUGGUGGAUUUUAUUAAAGAACCUGAAACUGAAAAUAACACUUUAAGUAUUGAAGAGGACCUUGAUUGUGUAAUUAAAGAAGCGCAAUCAGCAAUGCAAACAAUGAACGCAAACUUAAAACAAACAAUUUUUAUAGUCAUUCCAACUGUAUUUUUGAAUUCUAACAUCAAUUUAAAUUCUAACAUGGCAACAAAGACAAACGCGAAUCUUACAUAUAAAGUGAUUAUCGCAAUUUUAUCGUGUUUGACAAGCUUGCUUAUAAUUUCUGGGAAUUCUUUAAUUAUUUGCUUUUAUUGGCGAAAUAAAAAAUUUCGAACAGCCACUAAUAUUCCGUUAUUGUCACUAGCUUUGGUGGAUUUAACAAUUGGUUUCUAUCCUUUAAACAUGAGCACGAUUGAAAAUAUUUUAAACUAUUGGCAUUUUGGAAAAAUAUUUUGCAUAUUUACGCUUGUGCUCGAUUAUGUUUGUUGCCAAGUUUCCAUAUACCAUAUUGUUUUAAUCAGUAUUGAUCGAUUUUUUAGUAUUAAAAAACCUCUAAGCUAUCGAGGAAGAUAUCGAAAGUCUCGACUUCGGUUAUGUAUUCUCACUACUUGGCUAUUUUCGAUUAUAUUAUGGGCUCCUUGGAUAAUAUGGUCAAUGAAAUUGGCUGAAAAAAAAAAUUUGCAACUUAACAAAUGCUAUACUGAGUUUUUAAAAUUUGAUGGAACAUCUUUUCACAGUAGCAAAUUAUAUUUUAUUUUAAUUUCAGUUGGAUUUGGAUAUUUUUUACCUGUUCCCAUACUAAUAUGCAUUUAUUUUAAAAUGUAUUUCCUUGUGAAGAAGGAAAUGGAAACAAUUCCUCGGCUGACGUUAAUGCGAAACAGUCGGUCAUUAAAUGACUCAUCAACCAAAUCAUUUGUUUUUAAAAGCACAAGCUCGUACAAUGUUGAAGCUAUGAACGAUGAAAGUGUUUUUAAACAUCGAAACAUUAUAAGACACAAAAAAGCUUUGAAAAUGAUAGCAAGCAUUGUUAUUAUUUUUAUUUUUACUUGGUUUCCAUAUAAUCUACAAAUGAUUUUACUUCCAUUUUGUACUAGCUGCUAUAAUACCUUUUUGUUUGAAAUAAGCAACGUUGUUUCAUAUACUCAAUCUGCAGUUAAUCCUUUUUUAUACGCAUUUGCAAAUCAAGAUUUUCGUUCAAAUUUUAAAAAUAUAUUAAAAUGCAGAAUCGGUCUUGUAAUUAAAAAAAAAAUCACAUAAUAAAAACAUCUGAUUUCCUUCUAUCUCAUCUUUUUAUCCCAUCAUCUCAAAAUUUGAUAUCUUUUACGCUUUAACAUCCAAACAUAUCAAAUAUUUAGGACCAAAAAUCAAGCAUAGUCAAUAAGAGUGAAAGAGAAUAGAGCUAAAAGAAAGAGUGAAGAGAGAAAGAGUGAGAAAGACAAGAGAAAGAAUGAGAGAGAAAAGAGCUGAAAGAAUGAGA